GGUUAAAGUCUACAUUCAGCUCUUUCCAAUUUCAACUUCUUGUUUUCCAGUAAUCACACAUCAGCGAACAGCAAAUACACAGCAUUAGCCUUUUCCCUUAUUCCUUGUUCGAUUCGUUUCUAGCGAGCAAUUGGAUCCCUCCAAAGCUAAAAACUUCAAAAUGGCUAACCGAGCACCUGUCAGAACUAACAACUCAGCUCUCAUUGCUAUGAUCGCUGAUGAGGACACAAUUACUGGAUUUUUACUGGCUGGAGUUGGCAAUGUCGAUUUGAGGAGGAAAACAAAUUACCUUAUUGUGGAUUCAAAGACAACGGUGAAGCAGAUUGAAGAUGCUUUUAAGGAUUUCACCACAAGAGAGGACAUUGCAAUAGUGUUAAUCAGCCAAUAUGUGGCCAACAUGGUAAGAUUUUUGGUUGAUAGUUACAAUAAACCAAUUCCGGCCAUUUUGGAGAUUCCUUCAAAGGACCAUCCAUAUGAUCCUGCCCAUGAUUCUGUUCUAUCACGAGUGAAGUAUCUCUUCUCUACUGAAUCAGUGGCCUCCGAUAGGCGUUAAUGUUGAAGUAAUGUUUCUAUAUGCCCCAAUGUUUCAUAAUAUCUUGAUAUUUGUAUUAUGUCGCCACUCUAUCAAGAGGUAUUCAUUUUGUAAUCUUUUUUAGAUAUUUAAGCGAUUUUUGUUGUUCUCGAGUGUUGAUCAAGAAGUUGUAUAAGUUAAAAGUGCGACUGUGAGUGAACAACUUGUUGCAAAUAAGUCAGUUGCCGUUGGCUUCUGUUCUUUGGGAGGUUCAAUUGAUAUUAUGGAUGAUUGUUCUUGAAGAGGAAUCGAGUAGAAUAUGGGGAAUGCAUCAAUUUUCUGCUUUUUGAUCUCA